AAGACUUCCAUCUGCUUUUACCACAUCGACAUACCCUACUUUAUUGGUUUGGUAAAUUCUGUGCGACUCUGCCACGUUCUGCAAAAGUCUUAUAAUCUUCUAUUCUUUGAAUUGUCCUUCAGUUUCUAUCAAAUAAAUUGUCAUAACGCAAAAAUGUCUUUUGUUGAAGUUAGUCCAGACAGCCACUUUCCCAUUCAAAAUCUACCCUACGGAAUAUUCUCUACGUCCGAUAAUCCUAAACAUCGUAUUGGCGUUGCAAUUGGAGAUAAAAUCUUGGAUCUUGGUAUUAUCAAGCACCUAUUCAACGGCCCAAUUCUGAGUUCCUGUCAAGAUGUUUUUGACAAGCCAACUCUUAAUGAUUUUAUGGGACUGGGACGUCCUGCUUGGAGAGAAGCAAGAGAACGUAUAAGAGAGUUGUUGAGCAAUGAAUGUACCGUUUUGAAGAAUAGCAAAGAUUUAUUAUCUAGAGCGUUGGUUUGUCGCCUCUCUGCUUCAAUGCAUUUACCAGCCAAAAUUGGGGAUUAUACUGACUUCUAUAGUUCGAUCCAUCAUGCUACUAACGUUGGUAUCAUGUUCCGUGGUAAAGAAAAUGCUCUUAUGCCAAACUGGCGUUAUUUACCAGUUGGCUAUCAUGGAAGGGCCUCAUCUGUUGUAGUUUCGGGAACUAAUUUGAAAAGACCAUGUGGACAGCAAAAACCAAAUGAACAAGAACCGCCAGUCUAUGGACCCUGUAAGCUUUUAGACUUUGAGUUAGAAAUGGCCUUUUUGGUCGGAAAAGGUAAUGAUUUGGGACAGCCGAUAACUAUUGAUAAUGCUGAAGAACAUAUAUUUGGUAUGGUAUUGAUGAACGAUUGGAGUGCCAGAGAUAUUCAAAAAUGGGAAUAUGUUCCACUUGGGCCUUUCUUGGGUAAAAAUUUCGGAACAACUAUUUCUCCAUGGGUUGUACCAAUGGACGCCCUUAUGCCAUUUGCUGUUGAUAAUAUGGAACAAGAACCUAAACCUCUUUCUUAUUUGGUUCAUAACGAUAAAUACAAUUUUGACAUAAAUCUUGAAGUUGCCGUUAAAGUUGACGAAAUUGCAUCCCCAAAGACUAUUUGUAGAAGUAACUUUAAAUACAUGUAUUGGACAAUGAAACAACAACUUACUCAUCAUACGGUUUCUGGUUGUAACAGCCAGACUGGCGAUCUAUUGGCUUCCGGUACUAUUAGUGGCCCCACUGAAGAAUCUUUCGGUUCCAUGCUUGAACUAUGUUGGAAAGGAACAAAAACGAUUGAUCUUGGAGACGGAGUUACAAGGAAGUUUUUGAAGGAUGGUGACGAAGUUAUAAUGACAGGGUAUUGUGAAGGUGACGGGUAUAGAGUUGGCUUUGGUGAAUGCAGAGGAAAAGUACUCCCAGCUAAUCCCCUUUAAUCAAACAAUUCAUUUAGACAAAUACAUUAAAAAUUUGGCAUCAUAUUUGUAUGCAUAAAAGUUUUUUCAGUAGAAAAAGUUGUUAAAGAAAAUUAUAUGAACAAGCUAGUAGAGUAUUGUUAAUAAAUAAGUAUUUAUUACUAAGAAGAAUGGGCAUAUAAUAGAUCGACGUUCAUAUAUUCUCGUACUCGGACGGUUUAUAAAUUUAAAAAUUAUAGCAUUUACAAGACUAUUACUACUGACUUAGCUAUGACAGGCUAAAAACGGGUAGACAUUAAAAAUACUUAGUAUACUAUAUAUAUAUAUAUAUAUAUAU